GUGGCCGCGGCGCCGGCCUGGCCUGGCCUGGCUGAGGGGAGGCGGCGGGCGGGCGCGAUGGCGGAGGCCGGGCCACAGGCGCCGCCGCCCCCGGGCACCCCAAGCCGGCACGAGAAAAGCUUGGGGCUUCUCACCACCAAGUUUGUGUCGCUUCUGCAAGAGGCCAAGGACGGCGUGCUUGACCUCAAGCUGGCAGCUGACACUCUAGCUGUGCGUCAGAAGCGGCGGAUAUAUGACAUUACCAACGUGCUGGAAGGUAUUGGGCUGAUCGAGAAGAAAUCCAAGAACAGCAUCCAGUGGAAGGGCGUGGGGCCUGGUUGCAAUACCCGGGAGAUUGCGGACAAGCUGAUUGAGCUCAAGGCAGAGAUCGAGGAGCUGCAGCAGCGGGAGCGAGAACUGGACCAGCACAAGGUGUGGGUGCAGCAGAGCAUCCGGAAUGUCACAGAGGACGUGCAGAACAGCUGCUUGGCCUACGUGACUCACGAGGACAUCUGCAGAUGCUUUGCAGGAGACACCCUCCUGGCCAUCCGUGCCCCGUCGGGCACCAGCCUAGAGGUGCCCAUCCCAGAGGGCCUUAAUGGGCAGAAGAAGUACCAGAUUCAUCUUAAGAGUGUGAGUGGCCCCAUUGAGGUUCUGCUGGUGAACAAGGAGGCAUGGAGCUCGCCGCCUGUGGCAGUACCUGUGCCGCCACCCGAAGACCUGCUUCAGGGGCCGCCUGCUGUGUCCACCCCUCCACCUCUGCCCAAGCCUGCCCUGGCCCGCCCCCAGGACGCCUCACGCCCAAGCAGUCCCCAGGCGACCACCUCUACCCCUGUCCCUGGUAGCACUGAAGCCCAGGGGGUGGCCUGUCCAGCAGUUGAGGUCACAGUGAGUGGCAGCCCUGGAACCGAUCGCAAGGACAGUGGUGAGCUCAGCUCACUCCCACUAGGCCCAACAGCACUGGACACACGGCCACUGCAGUCCUCUGCCCUGCUGGACAGUAGCAGCAGCAGCAGCAGCAGCAGCAAUAGCAGUUCAUCUGGACCCAACCCUUCUACCUCCUUUGAGCCCAUCAAGGCGGACCCCACAGGUGUUCUGGAACUCCCCAAAGAACUGUCAGAAAUCUUCGAUCCUACACGAGAGUGCAUGAGUUCAGAGCUGCUGGAGGAGCUGAUGUCCUCAGAAGUGUUUGCCCCCCUCCUCCGCCUCUCUCCGCCCCCUGGAGACCACGAUUACAUCUACAACCUGGAUGAGAGUGAAGGUGUCUGUGACCUCUUUGAUGUGCCUGUCCUCAACCUCUGACAGGGACAUGCCCUGCGUGACUGGGACACAGACUGUCUGACCUGGGGGCUGCCGGGGGGCCUCCCCACAACCCCCCUACACAACUUGAGAGCCACAACUCAUGGCUUCCCCAGCACCCCCUCCCCUCCCCCACACAGUUUAGGCCACAGCCACCACUCCUGCGCCAGCAGCUGUGUGCUGCCAGAGCAGGGGCCAGGGGCUCAGCCCCUCCACUGUGGAGCCAAGCGUUUGCCUCUCCUUGCUGGACCUUCCCCCCUCGCGUCCUUUGUGAGCCCUCCCGGAGCCCAGGCUCAGCUGCCACCCAGUGGCGAGGAAUUAGUACCCCCCACACACACCCCAUAGGGCAGCUUGUCCAGCGUCACUGCCCUGCCUGCCAGCCCCUCUCCCUGCAGAGGGAAGUGGUGGGGAGCUUCUUCACUUCUCCCCACACACGCCCUACAGCUUCUCCUGGACCUCUCACCCCACUUCUGAGCCCCGAGAACCUGGGGCGGGGUGGGGAGGGGUGGCUGACAGGAGAGAGAGACCUCUCUAGCGAGGAGCCUGGGUGGGAGAGUCUCUGCGGCCUGGCCCAACCUCCUGCUGCCCCGACCCUCCCUUGUUUAUUCAUUUCUCCUUUAGAGCCAUUUGCAGAGAUUUAGAGAAAGAUUUGCAGUAAUGUGGAUUCCUAUAUAAAGAUUAUUUUUAUACUUUUUGCAACAAAAGGAAAUUGUAAUAUUUGUACAGCGUCCAAGUGAAUAAAGACCAUGCC